AUGUUGAAAACCCGGUCCCAGCUGCUCGAGUUCAUUCUCAACAUGUUGUCCAAUCCUUGGUUCUCUUCAAUUAUGUCCUGGGAGGGGAUGGACGGGCAGUUCACUAUCAUACGCCCUGAACAAGCGGCACAGCUGUGGGGAGAAAGGAAUGGCCGAAGAAACAUGACCUACCAAAAGUUCAGUCGGGCACUACGUUAUUACUACCACAAGAAAGUGUUGACCAAGAUUAGAGGCCAAAAAUACACGUACAAGUUCAACUUUCAAGAGCUUGAGCGACAGUAUGGAUAUAGAGGUAUAUCAUCUGUCACUUUGCAUCAAUCUACUGGAAACAACCGCUUCAGGAUCCCCCCUUUUAUUCCUGCAAUUCAAUUCAGUUCCAUGGUGAGGUUCAUUCCACACUAA